UAGGUUCAGUGCUGGUCACUGCCCUAUUGUGGGUGGGUCCAGGACCCUGAGGCACUGAGGCUGCACUUCUUAGCUGGCUCUGGGUCUCUGCCUUGCUCAGAGGCAGGGUCAGGGCCCAAGGAAUUUGAGCCACACUUCUGCCCUGGCUAUAGGCAGCGCUGGCCCUGAGCUGGCUCUGCUUCUUCCCUGGUGUGUGCACACGCAUUUGCAAUGGUGAUCUUUGCCCUAAUAGGAGAAGUGCUGGAGCAGAACAGGCCAGAGCAGGAGUUCAGGGCAGGCUGGAGUACACACGGGGCCAUUCUGGCAGGCUGGCCAAAGCCCCUGGCAGUUUUCAAUCUGAUGUCUCUGUGCUGGGGCUGAGAGCAAGCAAGUUUGUUAUCCACUCUUCAAGAGGGUGGAGGUCUUGACCAAAUCUCUUCUCUUCCCUUCCUACCGAACUCCAUGUGGUUUAUUCCUUACAGCCUUGGUUGUAAAAGAGCUGUUCUUCAGGUGGUUCUCAGCAAGAGUUGCUCUGUUCCCGUGUAUCAGCAGUGCCCCAGAAAGCGUUUCCCUUCCUGAGACUCCAGGGAAGUCUUGGAACACAAAGAACUUGAAGAGGGAGCCUGGCCAAAUAGAGAUUUUUGAGCCUUUGUAGCCUUGCUAAAGCAGAUUAUUAGUACAAACAAAAUCAAAGUCUGUGUGUUCCUAAAAGCAGCAUUUUCAUAAUAGAACUAAGAAAUAUCAAGAUUUAAAGCAUAAAUACCUUGGAACACUCAGAAGAGCAACAUGGGAGAAACUGAGAAAAGAAUUGAAACUCAUAGAAUAAGAUGUCUUUCCAAGUUGAAGAUGUUUCUGUUGGCAAUAACAUGUGCGUAUGUAUCCAAAACACUAUCCGGAUCUUAUAUGAAUUCCAUGCUCACACAAAUAGAGAGACAAUUCAACAUCCCAACAUCUCUAGUUGGAUUUAUUAAUGGAAGCUUUGAGAUUGGAAAUCUUUUGUUGAUUAUAUUUGUGAGUUAUUUUGGAACUAAACUGCAUAGACCUAUAAUGAUUGGUGUUGGAUGUGUGGUUAUGGGCCUUGGGUGUUUCUUACAAUCACUACCUCAUUUCCUCAUGGACCGAUAUGAAUAUGAAUCUACAGUUUCAGUUUCUGGUAAUUUGUCUUCAAACAGUUUCUUGUGUAUGGAAAACGGAACCCAGAGUUUCAAACCAACAGAAGAUCCAUCAGAAUGUGUGAAGGAAGUUAAAUCAUUAAUGUGGGUGUAUGUACUAGUUGGAAAUAUUAUACGUGGAAUUGGUGAGACUCCCAUCAUGCCUUUGGGUAUUUCCUACAUAGAGGAUUUUGCCAAAUCUGAAAACUCUCCUUUAUAUAUUGGGUUUAUAGAAACAGGAGCUAUCAUUGGUCCUUUGAUUGGACUUUCGUUAGCGUCAUUCUGUGCAAAUGUUUAUGUUGACACUGGAUCGGUGAACACAGAUGAUCUGACCAUAACUCCCAUUGAUACUCGUUGGGUUGGUGCAUGGUGGUUUGGCUUUUUGGUUUGUGCAGGAGUGAAUGUGCUUACUGCCAUUCCUUUUUUCGUUUUGCCCAAAACGCUUCCAAAGGAAGGACUAGAGGAUAUGGCUGAGACCGUUAAAAAUGACAAAGAAGAGAAACAAAGCGAAGUCAGGAAGAAAAGGGUUGGAAUCACUAAAGAUUUUUUACCAUUCAUGAAAAGUCUUUUGUGCAACCCAGUUUACAUGCUUUUCAUACUAAUAAGUGUGCUGCAAUUCAAUGCAUUUGUCAAUAUGAUCUCCUUCAUGCCUAAAUAUCUGGAACAGCACUAUGGAAAAUCAGCUUCAGAUGCAAUCUUUCUCAUUGGUAUUUAUAACUUACCUCCAAUAUGCAUUGGAUAUAUAGUUGGUGGUUUAAUUAUGAAGAAGUUCAAGAUUACUGUCAUACAAGCUGCCCACAUAGGAUGUUGGUUAUCUUUAAUUGAGUACCUUCUCUAUUUUUUGUGUUUUCUCAUGAUCUGUGAUAAUUCUUCAGUUGCUGGCAUAACCACCUCUUAUGAAGGAGUGCCACAAGAUUUACAUGUGGGAAAUGUCAUCCUUGCUGACUGCAACAUGGAUUGUAACUGUCCAACUAAAAUAUGGGACCCUGUAUGUGGAAACGAUGGUUUGUCAUACAUGUCAGCUUGUCUUGCAGGUUGUGAGACAUCCUCUGGAACAGGAAUAAACAUGGUGUUCCAAAAUUGUAGCUGCAUUCAAACACCAGGAAAUUCAUCUGCAGUUCUUGGGCUAUGUGACAAGGGACAGGACUGUUCCAUGAUGCUCCAGUACUUUUUAAUCUUGUCGGUGGUCAGCAGUUUCAUCUAUUCUUUAUCUGCCAUCCCUGGAUAUAUGGUUCUCCUGAGGUGUAUCAAGCCUGAAGAGAAGUCUCUUGGUGUGGGAUUACAUGCAUUUUGCACAAGGGUAUUAGCUGGAAUUCCCGCACCUAUAUAUUUUGGAGCUUUAGUGGACUCCACAUGUUUACACUGGGGUACUUUGAAAUGUGGUGAGUCAGGGGCAUGUAGGAUAUAUGAUUCCACCAACUUCAGAUACAUCUACCUUGGAUUGCCAGCAGCGCUAAGAGGAUCAAGCUAUAUUCCAGCCUUUUUAAUCCUCAUUAUUUUGAGGAAGUAUCGUCUGCCAGAGGAAAAUGCCUCUUCAGAAACUAUGCUUGAGGCCAAGUUUACAGGGAAGGAAAAUGAGGGCAAAGAGACGGACCAAAAUUCCAAAGUUUUGAAUGAUGAUGAAUUGAAAACUAAACUAUAAUGCUCUUUUAUAUCAUGCUUUGCAGAAUUGGAGAACACACUACAACUUAAUUGUUUUUAAAAUCAAUAGAGGUACUUACUGCAGGUAAUAUUUCCUUGUCUUUAAGAACCUCAACAUUUUUCUUUACUCAAGGUAAAAAAAUGUUCACUGAUGGUAUUUCUGAAGGAACAAUGGCAUUUGAGAUUUUCCUCAGAGGGACAUUUAUAAACAACCUUCAAAGUAGGAUAUUAGAACCAGCUUUAUUUUUAUGUUAAAUUGUUAAAACAGCAAUUUCUCUUUUCACUCAUGCAAAAUAAGGGCAUAUUUCCCACAUCUUUGCCAAGUGAUUCUAAAAAUUUCCUAUUAUGAAAAUCUAUUUAAUUCCAUUGAAUUUCUGCUUUGAUAUCAGGAUUAUUUCGAGACUGAAAUUCUUAUCUCCUUAUGUGAAUAUUUAAGUAUUUUAUUCAAAUUUAUCACUUCAUGUGAAAGAGGAGUAAAUCUUUUAAAUCUAUUUUGGAAUUGUUCUUUACCUCUUCCUAUUCAUUCCAGACAUGAUUCUUUUAAAAUAGAUUACUCACUAAUAUGCCAUCACUUGAUUUCAAUUCAUUCCCUGCUUUUUGACUCAUGUCAUAUAUUUGCUCAUUUUGUUCAGAGUACUGACAAACUUAAUCAGGUAAUUAAAAAUCAUGUAGCAAA